GAUCGUAUGCUGUGUUCUUCAUGCCGCUAGCGUCGCUGAUUUUGGAGGAGAAUUGAGGAAGUGUCAGCGGUUCGCUGGAGACAUUCGAACUUGCACAAAUGUGCCAAUUAUUUUAGUUUUCUGUGAUUGUGUGCUCUUUUGGGACGUACUAACGGUGUUAAACCUCGUUUGCGGAGCAUUUUGAGCUUCGCGUGAGCUUCGCGUGGACUUGUAGUGAUAAUUUAGUGGUAUAUGUUCUAGUCGUGAAGCUAGUUUUGUGGAAGGAACUGUGCAGAUCUCGUAGCCAUGGAUCACGCUGCGGAUGCUAUGAGGACGGAUCUAAUGACCAUUACUCGGCACGUCCUGAAUGAGCAGAGUAGAUUUCCAGAGGCUCGUGGCGAUCUCACAAUCCUCCUUAACAACAUCGUGCUGGGCUGCAAGUUCGUGUGCUCCUCCGUGAGCAAGGCUGGAUUAGCUAAACUUAUUGGAUUGGCAGGAGAAACCAAUGUGCAGGGCGAGGAGCAGAAAAAGCUCGAUGUCUUGUCGAAUCAUGUCUUCAUCAACGCUCUCGUUAGCAGUGGACGCACAAAUGUUCUUGUGUCUGAAGAAAACGAAGAAGCGAUUUUUGUAGAGUCCUCUAAAAGAGGGAGAUACUGCGUUGUGUUCGAUCCACUUGAUGGAUCUUCCAACAUCGACUGCGGAGUUUCUAUUGGAACGAUUUUUGGAAUCUAUAUGCUCAAGGAAGGAGCAUCAGGCACUGUUGAGGAUGUGUUGCAGCCUGGCACUGCAAUGCUUGCUGCUGGCUAUUGUAUGUAUGGAAGUUCAUGCACCUUGGUACUGAGCACAGGUGCAGGGGUUAAUGGAUUCACCCUUGAUCCCUCCCUCGGAGAAUUCAUCUUGACGCACCCUAAUAUCAAGAUUCCCAAAAAGGGCAAGAUUUACUCUGUGAAUGAAGGAAAUGCCAAACACUGGGACGGGCCCACAACGAAGUAUGUGGAGAACGCCAAGUUUCCCAAGGAUGGGUCAUCACCCAAAUCAUUGCGAUACAUUGGAAGUAUGGUAGCAGACGUCCACAGAACUCUACUUUACGGAGGUAUCUUUAUGUACCCUGGUGACAAGAAAAGCCCCAAAGGAAAGCUCAGAGUUCUGUACGAGGUUUUCCCCAUGUCUUUCUUGGUGGAGCAAGCUGGGGGCCAAUCCUUUACUGGCAAGCAGCGUGCUCUCGAAUUGGUCCCAGCACAUAUCCAUGAUAGAUCACCCAUUUUCUUGGGAAGCUCCGAUGAUGUUGAGGAAAUUAAGGCUCUAUAUGCGGCUGAAUCUGCCUAGAUGUAUGCCAAGGCGGCAUGAAAAAUGUCACCAACCUGAGAGCGCUUUAGUUUUCAAAACCGUAUAGAAAGUAUCGGCUCAAAGCCGGUGAAUUGUAAUUCCUUUUUGGAGGACCUGACAAUUCUCAGAUUUUUUUUAAUUUGUAGUUUUAAUUACUUACGGAGGUGUCUCAGUCUACAAUGAUUGUGGGACUGUAAAGUUCUCACAAUUUGACAUCCGUUUUCGAAUUUAAAAUGUGAAAAAACUGUCUAAGAGAUCUCAUAUAGUCCUAAAUCUAUCUUUAGUUCUCGACAUAUUCAUAUCUACAGUGUUGUAGGAAUGAAUCAAAAGCUUUCUGAGAUUACAGGUGAAAUCUCGUCGAUUAGAAUCACAAUAAGUUUCAGAAGUGGAAUUGCACCGUUUUGCCGUUUAUGA